AUGGAAAGAUUGUUCUUCAUGCAGCUCAUAAAAACCAACCGAACAACACUGGAUGGAGCACACAGAUCAAAACCUACACCAGAGGUUCUUAUUUCUAUCAUUGCUAUCAUUGUCAUCAUCAUCAUUAUCACCACCACCAUUAUUUCAAACACCACAACAAAAAUCAGGACAUCAUGGACAGAAUAUGGAUGGAAGAAUACAGAAAUUGAAGAAACAGCUGAGGCUGCUUUGAAAUUUGGAAUCAGAAGUUUCUAUGUGACAACCCUUCCUCCAAACAGGCUUGGCAUAUCUCCCCAGAGAAGAUCCUGGCCACUAUGGACAACGAUCCUUAUUGUUCUUGGAGUGAUGGCAAUUUUAGGAGUAACUAUUGGUCUCCUUGUUCAUUUUCUGGCAAUUGGAAAGUUUCACUACUAUCAAGGUGACUUUAAUAUCUCUGGAGUCACAUACAAUGACAGUUGUCAAAAUGCAGCUUCACAAGCCAGCACAAUUUUUAGCAAAGAUAUUGAGACUAAGAUGUUGGAUGCAUUUCAAAAUUCUGGUAUAUAUAAAGAAUAUAUUGACUCUAAGGUCAUCAAGCUUACGCCUUAUGCCAAUGGUUCAAGUGUACAGUUACAGUUGACAUUCAAGUUUUCUCCAGCAAGGAGAGAGAGCAUGAGGACUCAAAUCAAAGCUAUCUUACAACAAGUGUUGAAAAACAACACAGGAUCCUGGAAUGCGGUUCCUGAUUCCCUUAAGCUUAUAGAAAUCAGCAAGGAUAAUUCUGAAAUGCUCACCAACAGCUGUUGUGGGAGACAAUUGGUCAACAGUGUCAUAGCUGGCAAUAAAAUUGUGAAUGGAAAAAAUGCCCUGGAGGGGGCAUGGCCAUGGCAGGCCAGCAUGCAGUGGAGAGGCCAACACAGUUGUGGAGCCACUCUGAUCAGCAAGAGAUGGCUAUUAUCUGCUGCUCACUGUUUUAAUAAGAGAAAUAGUUCACAAGAUUGGACUGUCAACUUCGGAACUAUAAUAAAUAAACCACGUUUAAAACGCAAAGUCCAAAACAUUAUUUUACAUGAAAAUUAUAGCAGCCCUGGGGUUCAUGAUGAUAUUGCCCUCGUACAGCUUGCUGAAGAAGUCUCUUUUACAAAGUACAUUCGUAGGAUUUGUCUUCCUGAAGCCGAAAUGAAGCUCUCAGAAAAUGACAGUGUUGUGGUUACAGGAUGGGGAGCACUUUCUAUGGGUGGUCCCUUUCCAUUGGUACUUCAACAAGCCUUCUUGAAGAUUAUUGACAACAAAAAUUGCAAUGCCCCCUAUGCACUAUCUGGCUUGGUGUCCGAUACAAUGCUAUGUGCUGGAUUUAUGUCUGGAGAUGCUGAUGCCUGCCAGAAUGAUUCUGGGGGACCACUAGUUUAUCCUGACUCCAGAAAUAUCUGGCACAUUAUUGGAAUAGUAAGCUGGGGUGACGGAUGUGCUAAAAAGAAUAAGCCAGGUGUCUAUACACGGGUGACUUCUUAUCGCAAUUGGAUUACAUCUAAGACUGGACUCUGA